UUUAUUUCUGCCGGGCCGGUUGCCGGAAGAAUUCUAUAUUUUUUUAGUCAACAAAAAAUAAAAAAGGGAUUCCAUAAGGACGCAAAGCACACCGCUUUGAUUUCACUGCAGUUUCUCAGAGAAGACGACCGGAAAGUCCGAAAUAUAUUUGAAAUACUGCAAGAAAUUGGUUUCGGAGAGAAAUAUGUCUACGCUGAUUGUACCCCCAGCUCCUGCUUCCCCAAGAGAUGAUGCUAUACAGCUCUAUCGAGCUUUCAAGGGAUUCGGAUGUGAUACUAGUGCUGUCAUUAAUAUACUUGCUCACCGUGAUGCCACACAACGUUCCUACAUCCAACAUGAAUACCGAGCUAUGUAUUCCGAGGACCUUCUUAACCGCUUAUCUUCUGAACUUAGUGGCAAGUUAGAGAAUGCAGUUCUGCUUUGGAUGCAUGACCCUGCGGGACGUGAUGCUGUAAUCCUUAGGCAGACACUAGUUGUAGAUAGAAACCUUGAAGCUGCUACUGAAGUGAUAUGUUCGCGACUUCCAUCCCAGCUACAAUAUUUAAAACAGAUAUAUCAUUCUAAGUUUGGAGUUUAUCUUGAACAUGACAUUGAAAGGAAUACAUCUGGAGAUCAUAAAAAGAUCUUGCUUGCAUAUAUAAGCUGUCCUCGUCUUGAAGGCCCUGAGGUUAAUAGAGAGAUGGCUGAGAAGGAUGCAAAGGUUCUCUACAAGGCAGGGGAGAAGAAAUUAGGAACUGAUGAGAAGACUUUCAUCCAAAUUUUCAGUGAACGAAGUGCGGCACAGUUGAAUGCCACAAGUUCUUAUUACCAUGAUAUGUAUGGGCACUCACUGAAGAAGGCGGUAAAGAACGAAACAUCAGGGAAUUUCCGUUAUGCACUUUUGACAAUAGCUCAAUGUGCACAGAAUCCAGCAAAGUAUUUUGCAAAGGUUUUACACAGAGCAAUGAAAGGUCUAGGGACUAACGAUUCUGCACUUAUAAGGGUGGUUGUAACAAGGACUGAGAUUGAUAUGCAGUAUAUAAAAGUUGAAUAUUUGAAGAAAUAUAAGAAGACACUGAAUGAUGCAGUUCACUCAGAAACAUCUGGCCACUACAGGGCUUUUCUUCUAGCACUUUUGGGUCCCAACCAGUAGAAUAGUCAAGAUGAUUAUGAUGUUGGUGUUUUGUGUGGAGUAAUUUCAAACUCUAUUAAAUAUAGUAAUAUUAUGAGCAAGAUGAGUUGUGUUUCGUGUUUGGUACUUAGGUUUCGGUUUGAAACUUGGGAUGAAAUGCUGUUGUUGUGUAAUUAUAUCGUGCCCUGUGAUCCUUAUUUUCCACUAUGAUGGGAUUUCAAUUGUAUGCUGUAAACUCUUUAUGUACAUAUUUCUUGCAUAAUAGUGCCUUGGAGGAAAAUUUUAAAUAUUUUGUUUUUCACUCA